AUGGCUACUACCGAUGUCAAAGUGAUUGAUGUGCAAACGCCUUUUGAUAUUGUUUCAGAAGACGAACCGUUAAUAAGAAUACGACAGAUUAAUAACGAUUUAAGAUUUUAUGAAUUUUUCAUGGGUUUUGGUAGAGAUCAUGCUGUUCAGCUAGCGGGUGGUCGAAUAUGGCCUACAAUAUGUCUAAAGGGUGUUGUGACAAAAAUGCCAAGUUUUUAUAUCUAUAUUAUAGAUGUGAAAAGAACGGAAAAAGGACAACGAAUUAUAGACAUAGGCGUGGCUCAUUGGUUGUUGGGAAUUUAUGCUGAACUUGAAAUUAAUAUUUGUGUUUAUCCUGAAUCUUUUAAUGGGGAUUUAGCAACUGCUCUAUACCUACCCUAUAUAACAUUUACGGCUUACGGGUUUAAAUUGGAUUAUGCUGAACAUGAUGGUUUAACGGAAGUGGAAGCGGCUGCUUUUGUCCGCAAUGUAGUUCAAACUGUUAUAGAUUAUAUUACGGAGCAUUAUCAGGACGGUCAUUGUGAAGUUUUGGCUGAAGAUUUGCAAACUAGUACGGGUAUUGCGGUAUCUGUACGAUUGGUUCAGAUAUUAUUGUAUCAUCAGCGUUUAAUGAAAAUUGUGAGGGAUUGGAUGUUAUCGAAAUGUGAAUGUUCCGAGACUGACCAGAUUUGUUAUUGUAAUAUUUUUACGAAGAAGGAAUUAAAGAAAUCUGGAAAAUCCUAUUUUAAGGACGCACAGCUAUUUGUAAGUGAUGAGGUGUUCUUUACCACCACGUGA